AUGAACAGCACUUCAGACUUCCUGGCCCUCCCUACAUCCCUCUUCCGCGGCGCAACAAACGCACUCCCAAGGUUCUCAUUCGUCCAAGUGCCACACAUCAAGCCCGAGGCCGAGCACCAAGCCCUCGUCCUCUUCGACAUGGUCAAGAUAGGCCUGGCGUACCGGGAAGGCUGGCGCGACGGUAGGAAGAACAGUUCAGCUAGAGAAGCAGUACGAGAGCCCGACAAGAAAUCUCGGGAGAAAACGCGAAAAAACAAAACAAAGGGCAGCAGAGUCAUCGGACGAGGAAAAUACACCAUAGUUUUCCAGUGA